GACAUAACAGCAGGAGUGAUCUAAACCUUCUACACGCCAACAUACCGCCGAAUCCACUGUUGAGCAGACACACAGAUUUCGCGUUAGGGUUAUUUUAAAGUGGAUUUCUGUAAUCAGCCAUGGAAGAACUCACGGCGUUCGUGUCGAAAUCCUUCGAUCAGAAAACCAAGGAAAGCAGCAAGGAGAGCAUCACGUACAGGGAAGUUUUGGAGAGUGGUUUAGCCCGAGCCAGAGAGCUGGGAAACUCGGAGACCAGCCUUCAGGAGAUUACGGAAACCAACAACAACCAUUGUCCGGUACAUCUUUACAAGGAGCACGCUGAGCUGGAAAAGGAGAAAUUGAAGGAGUUUAACGUGACAAGGGCUACUGACGGUAUUUAUGAAUGCAAAGACAAGAAGGAGGACGUUAAAUCAGAGGACGAAGACGCACAGAGUAAACUGAAGCAGAGACGGAGCAGGACAAAUUUUACCUUAGAGCAGCUGAAUGAACUCGAGCGGCUUUUUGACGAGACGCAUUACCCAGACGCUUUCAUGCGGGAGGAGUUGAGUCAGAGGCUGGGGCUCUCUGAGGCCCGUGUGCAGGUAUGGUUUCAGAACAGAAGGGCGAAAUGCCGAAAACAGGAAAAUCAAAUGCACAAAGGCGUUAUUUUGGGCACCGCGAGUCACCUGGACGCGUGCAGGGUCGCUCCUUACGUCAACAUGGGUGCACUCAGAAUGCCAUUUCAACAGGUCCAAGCACAGUUACAGUUGGAGGGGGUUGGAACUCACUCUCAUCAUCACCUGCACCCACACCUCGCCGCCCACGCUCCCUAUCUGAUGUUCCCGCCCCCACCCUUUGGAUUACCAAUCGCGUCGUUGGCAGACUCGGCCUCCGCGGCCGCCGCCGUGGUUGCGGCUGCCAAGAGCAACAGCAAAAACUCAAGCAUCGCUGACCUGCGACUCAAGGCAGGACUUCUUGGAGGCCACUGGCUCAGCCCUUUCCAGGCACAGAUCACAGCCCAAGGACCAUACAAAAAUGUCUGGAUGUCUGUCUGAAAACCAGCGUUUAGGAGAGAAGACUUUUUUUAAAAAGAAAAAGCAAAGGCAGACACAAAGUGAGGCUAGAGGUUGAACAAGUGUUUUAUGGACAGACACUGACACUUUGGAAUUUCGACCUCAAAGAAAAGAAAAAAGACGGCCAUAUUUGCCUCCGACCACUGUGCCACUGCCUAGUGCACAUGUUCAGUUGAAGGAUAGACCUAUUGGGGCUGGCCUCCAUUGUAACUGACAUACAUCUAUGUUGAUCACUGCCAUGAUAAGCCACCACUACAAAUCAUAUCUAAAGCCGUUGUUUGCAUUUUUCCUUUUUUCAAUCUGCUGUGGACAAAGACUGGAAACAGCAAUAACAUCAUUGGUACAACCGCCUGGUUUUUAGGGGAAUUCUUAUGAUUAUUUCUGUUUUGGGAGACGGGAAAUGUUGUUUUCUCUGGGCAUGUGUAUGGAUUUUAGCUUUCAUUCCCAUAAUAUUUUGUGCUUUGUGUGAUGUGUCCUGGAUUAGAAGUGAACCUAGCUUUUGCACUUCAGGUCUUGUUUUAAGGCGUUUACAAUCCUUAACGCAAGAUAUACUACUUUUACGUAAGGGGGGAAACUAUUGAAUUAAUUUGGCUCUCGUUUCACUGAAACACGAUGAAAUGACUUUCUUCUUUCGAAAUGAUACAGUAACUGCAAAGUUUUAAGAAACAUCAGUUUAACUGAAAUGCAAUUAUGUGCAGUUAAGUGCAAUACUGUAAAUAUGGAAAACUUAAUAUAGCGGUUAAUGUUUGCUAAUUAAACGAACAAUGAUUUUAAGUUGUCAGGUUUUUUGGCACUGAUGUUGACAUGUUAAAACUCUGCAAACGCAUCUUUAAAAGUUGUGUAAAGGAUAAUUUGCUAAUUCAUUUGCAAUGUGCCAUAACUCCAGGAGGUUCAGUGGUAUUAAAAUAUAGUUUUGUACGCGUGCAUUUAAAGAGAUAUAAAUUGAUAUCACACAAGGAAAAUUCAUUUGAAAUUGAAUGCUCUAGGUUCAUGGGUCAUAUGUGUCUGGUUUUUAUUAGAAAACAAUCCACCAAAGACAACAAUUUGAUAACAUGAUAGAGGUAGAAUUAUUUAAUUUAAGGUUCAAUGAUUAUUUACAAUAAUACAUGCAUUUCAGAAACUGCAUCAACAGUAUUUUUUCCAUGUAAAGAGAAGCUAGUUAUUAUCUACAGUUUCCAGAAAAUAUUCAAUUUAAUGUACUACACUCAAAUUUGUUACCGAACCAGUAUUAUUUUUAUGACCCCAGUUGCCAGUUCAGACAUCAAUUGUCUUUGAAUGAACUGGUCAGGUACACCUCUAACAAUAAAUGCUACAUUGUGAGCCGUUUUUGUUGUUCUGCAUCAUUCUUUUUUUGAAAUGUUUCCGUUUCUUCAAGUCACAGGUGCUUUUAUUUAUUAUUCUUUCUGAAAGUUUAUCAAAUUUCAAGUGUACAUAUUUACAUGGCUUUGCAUUUAUUUUUAUAUAUUUUUUAAAUGUUAACAUUUGCGAUAGUUUUAAGCGAACGUGUGACUGCAGUACAUUUGUUUGACUAAUAUGUAGCGUGUUUGAGUUUACAAACAUUUCAGGGAUGGUGGAUGAAACCAUAAUACUUUGUGUUGACAUUUUCUUGAUGCUCAAAGGAAUUCGUUGUAUCCCAUAAUAUUGCAUAUGCAAGCAUGCCCAAACAUGA